ACAGAGGAGAAUGCAUUUCACAUGACUAUCCUGUUUCUUCCUAGAAUGGGACACACAUCUCACGUGCCUCUCUGGUGUUAUCGAUUUUUGAGUUUUGUCUAUUCUUUCGUAGUGAGUGGUGAGAGGUAAAUAAGAGUCCUUUCCUUUGAAACGAAGUGAGACUUUGAAACGAAGAACCUGAAGAUAAAGUAGUUAGAAAUGCCCGAGUUUUGCGUGACAGGAGGUACUGGCUUCAUCGCAUCGCACUUAAUCAAGACCUUAUUAGAAAAGGGUCAUACGGUGACGACCACCGUGAGAAACCCAGAGGAUGAGGAGAAGGUUGGUUUUCUGAGCGAACUCAAUGGAGCGAAAGAAAGACUGAAGAUUUUGAAAGCAGAUCUCUUAGUAGAAGGAAGCUUUGAGAAGGCAGUGACAGGAGUUGAUGGUGUCUUUCAUACGGCUUCACCUGUGCUUGUUCCAUUCGACGAAAACGUUCAGAAGAAUUUGAUUGAUCCAUGCGUAAAAGGAACUUUGAACGUGCUUAACUCCUGCUUAAAGGCAAAUGUGAAACGUUUUGUGCUCACUUCUUCUUGCUCUUCCAUAAGAUACCGUGAUGAUGUGCAACAACUCUGUCCUCUUAAUGAAUCUCAUUGGACAGACCUUGAGUACUGCAAACGCUACAACUUAUGGUAUGCAUAUGCAAAGACGGUGGCAGAAAGAGAGGUUUGGAGAAUAGCAAAAGAAAAUGAAAUUGAUGUAGUUGUGGUUAACCCAUCUUUCGUUGUUGGUCCACUCCUUGCACCACAACCAACAAGUACACUCCUCUUGAUACUUGCCAUUGUCAAAGGCAUGAAAGGGGAAUAUCCUAAUACAACAGUGGGGUUUGUCCACAUAAAUGAUGUUGUAGCUGCUCACUUGUUGGCUAUGGAAGAUACCAAUGCAUCUGGAAGGCUUAUUUGUUCGAGCACAGUAGCUCAUUGGUCACAAAUCAUUCAAAUGCUUCGUUCCAAAUAUCCCUCCUACCCAUUUGAAAACAAGUGCAGCAGCCAGCAGGGAGAUGAUAACCCACACAGCAUGGACACCACCAAAAUUACUCAGUUGGGGUUUCCUCCAUUCAUAACCCUAGAUAGGAUGUUUGAUGAUUGCAUUACAAGUUUUCAAGACAAGGGUUUUCUGUGAUAUGUGACAGUUGUUAUGCUUCAUGUUUCGUGUAGUGUAACCGGAAACAAAAUAAAGAAAUAUGAACAAAUAAAAUAGUUUAUAUAU